AUCAAGAAGGAGGAUUGGGCCACUUUCAAAGAAAAGAUGAUGUCAGAUCAUGCUAUAAAAAAGCGAGAAAAGGCGCUUGAGAGCGCAAAGAAGAACACACAUCAUCACCACUUAGGUCAGAGGAGUUAUGGAGAUGCUAGAGAGUUGUGGAGGCAGGAGAAAUUCGGUCCACCUAGUUUUGAUUCUGGAUCGUCUUCUAGUACACCAUCCUCCUCGAUCUCCUCCAGUUUUAACCGGGGUGAUGAUUGGUGGUGCGCGAUGCAUAAGAAAGAUCCUGUUACUAAACAGAGAUUCAUUCCAGAUGAGGAAACAAAGAAAGCAGCUGACAAAUACGUAUUUGGAGUACAAGGAGAAGCAAGCCAAGGGUGAGUUCAUUCCGGUUCGUAACAGAGAUGCCCUUUUUAUGGCUCUUGGAGAGAAGCCAGAUCAUCCGGGUCGCUGUUACGGUUUUGGGGGUGUUAAUGUUGGCUAUACCAAGGCUUUUGGACACGUACCUCGUACGCACUAUAGGAGAUCGAUGAAAGAACAAGAGGAGGCACUCAUACAGAAAAUGAGUGAAAGGUGGAGGGAGGACAUUGCCACAUAUAUGAAGAAUGUGAUGAUUUCACCUUCACAUCCAUCUACCGGGCCAUAUUCUUCACCAUCUGGUGGGCCAUCUCCUUCUCAUGUACAGCCACCUACUCAGUCACCUGGGCUGUAUCAUUUUUUCCCUUCACCAUUUGCUAUGCCAUCUCCUCCUACACAGCCGACUCAGCCUCCUAUUCCAACAUCUGCUUCACCAUUUCCUGGGCCAUAUUCUGGGCCAUCUCCUGGGCCAUACUCUGGGCCACCUCUUGGGCCAUCUCCUGGGCCACCUCUUGGGCCAUUUCCUGGGCCACCUCUUGGGCCAUUUCCUGGGCCAUAUCCUGGGCCAUAUCCUGGGCCAUCUCCUGGGCCACCUCUUGGGCCACCUCUUGGGCCACCUCCUGGGCCAUCUCCUGGGCCAUCUCCUGGGCCACCUCCUGGGCCACCUCCUCGGCCAUCUCCUGGGCCAUCUCCUGAGGUAGCUGCUUCACAGCCCACUCAUCUAUGUACUCCAUUAUCUGGAUCAGACACUCAUUCUCCUCAGCUGAAGUUUAGUCCAGUUAUCGACGAUCGAUCGUUCUUGGACUCCCUUACUGAGGACUGCAGGGAGUUAGCAGAUACGCUUGCCCUUGCCGUCGCAGACGAUGAUGCUGUUGGUGUUACCUUGCCGAGAUCCUUGUUCCAUUAUUUGACAGAUGAUGGCACCGCUUUUCUGACCAAGGAGGAUAUUGGUCAGUUUUUGAGAGGAGAAAUGAUUAAUAUUUCUAUUAUACAAGUCUACAUGAGGGCUACGCAGUCAGACUUGGCUGGAUUUGGGGAUUCUAUUGGACGUGUUUGUUGGAUGUGUCCACAAAGCACCGUUAUGGAGUCGCAUUCAUCAUCGGAGGAGGUAACAAAGUACAUUGUGCAUGCUAUGGUUGGAUGCGUCGAUGUAAAUGCUAGUAUCAUGUUCGCGCCAAUCUUUCAAGACCAACAUUGGAUGCUACUUGUCAUAUGUCCCUUGCCUGGGAUAGUUUAUAUCUUCGAUUCUGCCAGCUAUCACAAACAGCGGAAGUUAAAGCUUAAAUUGCCUAUGAUAGCUGCUUUUAGGAGGUUUCGGAUGAGCGGCCACAAAGUUCGUCGAGAGAAGCUUUUGUGGAAAUAUGUUGAGUGCCCGCAACAACAAGGAGGCACGGAGUGCGGUUAUUUUGUGAUGCGGUACAUUUUUGACGUACUCGCUUCAUAUUUUGGUUCGUUGGAUAUGGACAAAGUUGCUCAAACCUUUACCAAAGAUCCUUAUACGGAGGAUCAAAUCAAUGAGGUGAAGAAUAAGUGGGCAAGAUACUUUGUUGAUGAUUGCAUUGCAUAG